AUGGCAAAUAUUCUGAGGGCCUUUGGUGUUGCUCCUGAUGAAAAGGUGGCUCUAUUUGCUGACAACUCAUGCCGGUGGCUUGUUGCUGAUCAAGGAAUCAUGGCUACUGGUGCUAUCAAUGUUGUUAGAGGAACAAGGUCUUUAGAUGAAGAACUGUUCCAAAUAUACAAUCACUCAGAAAGUAUUGCACUUGUUGUGGACAGUCCUCAAUUCUUUAACCAGCUUGCAGAAUCUUUCAUUUCAAGGAUUAAUGCAAGAUUUAUUGUGCUACUUUGGGGUGAUAAAUCAUCCCUAAAUAGUAAAGCUGUGAAGGACAUGCCAGUUUAUGACUACAAUGAUAUCACUGAACUUGGAAAAGAAAACCGUAAUGCAUUGCAUCAGUCUCCCGAGCAAGGUCAUGAUGGUGGCUUCGAAGCCAUUACUCCAGAAGAUGUUGCGACUCUAAUAUAUACUAGUGGAACAGGUGGUACACCAAAAGGUGUGAUGCUUACCCACCGAAAUCUCGUGCAUCAGAUGUUAAGAUGGCAAGUUGAUGUGGCCAGAGUUACUGGGCAGGAAGGGAUCUAUGUGGAUGGCAACGCCAACGGCGACUGUGGAAACGCCAAGGUGAUCGCGGUUCCAAAAGUUGGGUGA